AUGUCUAUAUGCUCUAAUUCGGUGCGAGCAUUGUCGCGCUCUCGAGUUUCGCCAAGCAAAACGCUCCUUCCGUUCCUGUACCAGACACCCACGAUCCAGCAAUGGCAGUCCGCCACACGACCAGUUGCUCGCCGCAAUAUUCGCAUCCCUUCGCGCCCGUACGUUAGCGAGGACAUUCCCUUCGAAGACGAUGCAGAUCUACCGCCUGUUGUCGAUCAACAGCCUCCCCGAAAGACUACUAUAUCUCGCACCGAGCGGGCCGUGUUCCAGAAGUUGUACAGGAAGUUUGAUAAUGAAGGGCGCCAACAGAAGAAGAAAGACCCUUUGGUAGAUGUCGACGAGGUGUUCGAAGAGUUCCAGAAAAAUACAGAAGAUAUCCCGAGUACAGAAGAUAUCCCGAGACCCUCGCUAGACAAGGUUUUCGACGAAGUGCUGAGAGGCGACCCGCGAUUGCGCGCAUUGCGUACACAGAGAACGAGGGCUCGAUCUAACAAGCAAGAUGCCGCUGGUGCAGAAGUGGGCAAAACGCAGAGUAGCAAGAAGAAGGGCUCGAGUGUGGAGGCAGCAAAGCUCAGAGAAUUGCGUCUAGCGGAACAAGAACGGAUCGAUAGCCUCAUACGCAACGCACCCACCGAUCGCGCCCUCUGGCAAACCCUCGAGCGCGAAGUCUUUGCCAAAGUACGCGACCUCGAUCUCGACAACGCCAGCGGCAGCCCCACGAAAGAGCCAACCGCCAAACCCAGCAACAACGCAUCGAAGAAGUCAUCAGAAGCAAAAGCCGCUUACAAACCCUCCCCACCCUCUACCGACGCACGCAUCCUCUUCCACAACUACCCAUACCACCUCAUCACCGCCGUCACCACGCUACGCACCGAAUUCCCCUCCUCCCCCCUCCCCUUCUCCAUCCUGCCCACGAUCAAAAAGCUCGGCCGCUCCUCGCACGCCCUCGGCGCAACAACAACGCUCUACAAGCACCUGAUCCGGACGGCAUGGAUCCAGCAAGCCUCCUACAUAACCAUAAACAUGCUGCUCAAAGAAAUGGACGACAACGCCAUCGACUUCGACGCCGACAUCCUCGGCCUCCUCGACGCAAUAAUCAAGGAACACAACCAGGCGAGGAGUGGUGGGCUAGGCAAAGAGAUGGCCAUGUUGUAUGGCAUGGAGAUGUUUGCUGAUGGCCUUACGAAGAUUAAUACGUGGAGGAAGGUGGUGGCGGAGAGAUUGGGUUUGAAGAGUGAGGAGAAGAGGGCGAGUAGCUCGCUUGUUAGGAAGACGAUGGGGUCGGAUGAUCCGAACUGGAAGGGGCGGAGUGGGUGGUGGAUGAAGGACGGUAGUGCACAGGGGCCUGGGCCACGCGAGAAGACUGGCGCGCAGGAGUAUAUGCCGCUUGUUGAAGGCGUUAAUCCGGGCGUUGAUGGGUCUCUCCCGGAGACGGCGUCUGCAAAGGGCGGCGAGCAGGUCGUUCCGUCUGAAGAUGCGGUUCCAGCGAGUGAGGAGACCGCUGCUGAACUGUCAAAGGAAGACGAGCCCACCGAUGAUAAACGUGCAGAAGUCUUAGUAUAG